AUGCGCGGCGACAUCCAAGGACUACGCUGCAUUGCGAUUGUUGCAGUGCUCCUUUUCCAUUUAUGGCCGCAGACUCUCGAAAACGGCUACCUUGGCGUUGAUAUGUGAGUUUUGACCGUAUUAACUUCGCACGGCUGGCACAUAUACAUACUGUAUAAAUUAUAUACAUCCUAAAUAUCAUAAGCGCUGUUUCAGGUUCUUCGUGAUCAGCGGCUUCCUAAUGCACGCUGUGCUCGAAAAGAAGGACACAAGUCCGCGAACAAUGCUCGACUUCUACUUUCGACGAAUCCGAAGGAUUUGGCCCACCUACUACUUUAUUUUAACAAUGACAAUUCUUGCAGUUCCGUACUUUUUCGUCGCAACCGAUUACAAAACAAUCCUCAAAGAGCUGCUGGGCGCCGCGACUUUUACAUCCAAUAUUUUCAACUUGCCAUUUCAUGGCUAUUUCGAUGCGAUCAAUAUCAACAGCAUUCCAUUGUUUUUGCACACUUGGUCGUUGUCGGUGGAAAUGCAAUUCUACCUCCUGGUGCCGUUCAUCUUCUACGUCUAUCGAUGGUGCACCAAGUCGCGGACGCAAUGGUUGUUUAUUGGGGCCCUUAUGGCAGCAAGUUUGCUGCAUCAACUAGUGAACAUUAAUAGUGCGUUUAUCGACCAUUUACUACCACAGUGACUGACCUGAUCUAGUGGCAAAAAACGUACCAUUUUGCGUACGGGAAAUAUCGAAAAAUGUAGCAAAAUUCCUCCUUUUUCAACUAAAAAAUGCUCGGUUUUCCCUCACAAAAAAAGCAAAUAAAAAGGUCCAUGCACUUUAUGAAAAUGUUAGUAGCAGCGACGGAAACUACAUUGUAUCUUGAAUUUUUCCCACGUUUGUCGCCAACGCAUAGAACUUUCCGUUGGCGCGCCCUGCAAACCUCUAACAAGCGAGUUAUGCGGAGCGCGACAAAUGUCCACACACUUUAUGAAAAUACUGUUAAUAUUCUGCUUACUUUCUUUAUCAAACUUUCAAAUUAAAUUGAAAUUUUAUCCUUAUUUUUAGACGCAAACACGUUCCACAUGGCCUUCUUUGGCCGUGUUUGGCAAUUCAUGGUCGGAUUCAUAAUAUUCACCCACUCUCCGUUAAGUCCACGCAGACCCCCGGAGAAAUCAGAAGGGGAUCGUUCAACAGCGAGAAAGUGGAUGAAGUACUGCCUUACAGUACUCUUGUUGCUCCAACUCAUUUUCCCAACGGCCGGCCAUCACUUUACCGACCGUAUUCUGUGCACCCUCACGAUGGCGGCGGUUAUAUAUUUUCGUGAAGAGACGGUGUUGGAUCACAAAGUGUUGCAGCAGAUUGGCGACAUCUCAUACUCGCUCUAUUUGACGCAUUGGCCGAUUAUAAUGUGCACAAAGUAUAUUACGCUCAGCUGGAAUGAGGAGGCGCCUUUUAGAGGUAAGCGGAACAUAGUCAAUUCACCGGUAUCCGUACUGCCAUUUACCGUAAUGCUUCGGGCAAAAAAGAAAAAUAAGAAAAAAUGGAUUGGACUUGCUAUCAGUCCGUUGGGAAAAUAAUGAGCGCAACUUCUGUAGACUAGGUCCUAUUGAUGCGCCGUUCGUUGAAAUGAAAAGAAAUUUGAUGUUAUCGCGACACAAUUCAUUUUCUCGGCGGCGAUACGAUUUUCGGUGCGACCGCGCACGUCAAACAAUUCUUUCAGAAAAUUGAAAAAACAAGGAAUCUCGGAUCAUUGAUUUUUUUGCGAAGUGCCACAGAAUUAUCGAGCUUGAAAAAUUAUUUUCCUCUUCGAAAAAACAUUUUUCUCGAAAUUCUCUGGGAAAGUUUUCUUUUGUGACUCAAUAAUUCAGCGACAUUUCGUCGAAAAUCAAUGAUCCGAGGUUCCUUGUUUUUUCACUUUUUCUUUGACGUGCAGCGUGCUUCGUUUUUCUCCCGACAGGCUGAUAAAUCAUCGCGGUCGGUGAUUAGUACGUUCGUAAUGGCGUUUGCACCGUACUCGCGGUCAGGCAGCGAGUGAUAGACCAAGAAAAGGUUACUGCACGGUGCAAAGUGAACGGCGACUUUGCGGACGCCUGUCGGGAAAACAGUGAGCGCUCUGUCGCAUGGAAGAUCGCCGCCGGAAAACUGAAUCUUGUCGCACGUCAAAGAAAAAGUGAAAAAACAAGGAAUCUCGGAUCAUUGAGCUUUGACGAAAUGUCGCUGAAUUAUAAAGGUUCUUUCGAGGAAAGUGUUUUUUCGAAGAAAAAAAUAAUUUUUCGGGCUCAAUAAUUCUGUGGCACUUUGCAAAAAUCAAUGAUUCCUUGUUUUUUCAAUUUUCUGAAAGAAUUUUUUUGAAGUGUGUCGUGGCAAAAUCAAAUUGCUUUUCACUACAGCGACGCGAUUGGUGCAGCGGCAUUGCGCUCAUUGUUUUCCCGACAGUCUAAUUUUAUGACUAUCUUCGCCGUUUCAGAUGGCGUCUUCUGCAUUUUCAUGGCCCUUCUUUCUGCUCUCGUCGUCGAAAGUGUGUUCAAAAAGCUGACCGCUUGCAUCGACAGUUUCUUCGCCCUCUCAGCCUGCCUGCUGCUCAUCUUCACCGUUCUCGCCGCCGCCGCAUUCAAUGUGAUGACACGGAUUGAGAACCCAUAUGAGCCGUAUGUGGCGCAACUCGACUUUGCCAAUCAGACCCGUGCAUUCUUCCACAAUCCGGCCAAACCGAACAUGACUGAGGCGGAGCUGUUGGCCUACAAUGUGGAGAGCAACUACUAUUUUUACUUUGAUGUGGGGCAGAAAUUCCAAGACGCAAAAGGCAGAUUUAAUCUGUCCAACGAGUAUUGGGAGGGCAAAUGGUAUGGGAGUUUCGAGGUGAGAAAAAAACUUGGGGUAACCUUUUAAUCCUUAAAAUUUUGCACUGUUUUGGGUUACGAAUUUUGCCAAAGGAUUUUGGCAGUGUUUAGGGGUCAUAUGUAUUCUCUUUACAGUGACGAAAUAGAGUAUGUAUGAAGGAUACAAGGCGGGCAAAAAAUCAUUCCGUGCGAGCGCGAAAUUUCGACCGGUCCAAAACGACGGCCCGCCCCGACUCGGAGUACAGUCAGGGACCUGAUCCAGCGGCAAAAAACGUACUAUGUUGCAUCCAGGAAGCAUCAAAAAAUGUGGCAAAAUACCUCCCUUUCCAAGUGAAAAAAACUCAGAUUUCAAAAGCGCGCUAUCUCUUUCUGUGAGGGAAAGGGCGCGCCUUUCAAAACGAAGUUUUUUCACUUGGAAGGGGAGGCAUUUUGCCACAUUUGGGAUACCUCCCGGAUGCAAAAUAGCACGCUUUUUGCCACUGGAUCCGGUUCCCCUCUGUAGUAAAAAUCCUGAAUCUCAAAGUGAAAAUUGGAUUUGCUCAUGAACAAAAAAUUCGAUGCCAAGACACGAUCGGUUUUUUAAGAGAUAUUUUUGUUUUUUUUUAUUAUUAUAUAUAUAGCAGCAUUCAUCCAUGACGAUAGAAAAAAAUUUUAUUAAGGAGUUAGACUUAGGAAGGCUUUUGUUUCGACGGGCCGCGCCGAAGCAAAUUUGAAGCAGGCAGGGCCGACAGGAACCCCCAUGGGCCGGGCCUUGAUUUUUCGUUCCGGGCCGGCCCAUGGGGGACAAAUUGUAAGGUAAUUUCCGAAAAUUAUCUGAUUGACCCACCUUAAUUUAAAAAAUUCCGGAAAAUUGAGUGGUUUGACGAACACUGUACUAGGUCACGAAAAGCUACUGUACCUUUCCGACCAGCUUCAGCUGCUUCGGUACCGUCCGGAAAUACGGUAAAAGCCGUUCCCUUGGAAGCCAAUCAGUGAAACGCAAGUACGAUUUAUUCGGAUAGAUCUGUAUCUAUAUCCGGUUGGUGGUUGAAUGAAUUGAAUUUAAUCAAAAUUGCAUACGCUAACGGAUAAUGCAGAGCCUGCAAAAGACUGGCGGUUCGAGUGAACGGAGAUGCAUAUCAGCGAAUCCAAUCGCCGCAGUCCUGACACAAUUAUAUUUCGACACCGAAAGCCCGAAAAGUCGGCGGACUGAUUUUUGGCGUUUACACUGUGCGAAAAAGGCGGGGGUGCGACCGAUAGCCCAACAAAGCCUAUUGCACGGUGGGAACAGCGGAAAAUUGCACAACGCAAAGUAAACCUUUGUACUACUUUGAUGUCUACUUUGAUCGCCUUUUCCAAAAAACUUGAUUUCGCACUGCGGGACCGUAUCAGUCUGUCGGGAAAAUAAUGACGAGUUGUCGCGCCUUGGAAUCGCAUAUCAUCGCUUGCUACCGCGGCUGGAGAUUUCGUCCGCAACUGCACCCUUUGCGUGACGAGGCAAAGCAUUUUUCUGCAACGACCCGCCAUUAUUUUGCCGACAGACUGGCACUGCGCUGUACAGACAUGUCAAGACCUUUGGGUCCGCCUAGUAUUAUGCAAUAAACACUUACAAUGGGGGAGCUGAUCCAGUGGCAAAAAACGUGCCACUUUGCAUCCAGGAUGUGUCAAAAAAUGUGGCAAAAUACCUCCCUCUCCAACCGAAAAAACUCCGAUUUCAAAAGCGUGCCAUCUUGUUUUGUGAGGGAAAGGGCGCGCCCUUCAAAACAAAGCUUUUUCACUUGGAGAGGGAAGCAUUUUGCCACAUUUUUGAUAUUUCCCGGGUGCAAAAUGAUACGUUUUCUGUCACUAGAUCACAUCCCUCACUGCAUGCGGCAAGUGCAUUUUUUUGUUACACAGCCUCCUUUUCAGGGAAAUGGCACCAAAAAUAUCCUAAUCAUUGGAAACAGCAUCUCUAGAGACGUUUUUUACGGUAUGGUCGACGAAUGGAGGGACGUCUACAAACGACUGACUACGUAUUAUGUAAACAGAGUAGUGCCAUUCCAAAAUGUCCCUGGCACGGACGCGCCCAAGCACGACUUUCUCGGGUUCCUGGAGCAAUUCGAGCAUCCAAUCGAUAUUCUGAUCGUGAGAAAUACGUAAGAGUUUUGAAUGUCUGCCUGUCGGAAAAAUAGUGAGCACAAGGCGCAGCGAUCCCGAUUUUCGAUGCGACAGAGUGCUUAUUAUUUUCCCGACAGACUGAUAAAGCACAUCGUUUCCAGAUACUACACCCUGAAGCCGGAUUAUAUUCAAGGUCCUAUGUUCAAGGAAAUGCAGAAUUUCUACAGCAAACUCAACAAGUACGCCAAGCAAGCCGUGAUUAUGGACUCGGCGGAGAUGACAAGCCAGCUGGACGUGGAAAAGUACAAAAAGAUUGUGGCGGAUAAACAAAGCCCGGAUAUCCUUAACCUGAGCUACAAAGUAGGAGAAAUUUCCCAUUAAAAGUUUGUCGGGGAAAUAAUAAACAUAAUGUCGCGGCUGAAGUAAAAAGCAAUUUCAUUUUACCGCGACACAAUUCAAAAAAAUGUCCAUGCACUUUAUGAAAAUGAUAAUAACAGCGACGGACCUGAUCCAGUGGCAAAAAACGUACCAUUUUGCAUCCGGGAAGUAUCAAAAAAUAUAGCAAAAUGCCUCCCUCUCAGACUAAAAAAACGCCCUCACAAAAAGAGCAAAUAAAAAAAAGUCCAUGCACUUUAUGAAAAUGCUAAUAGCAUCGACGGAAACUACAACAAUUUUCCUAAAUCAUACGUUAUUUGCAGGAGCUGCGGAAGUCCAAGCAAAUGCUAAAUCAAGUGAUUUCAUCCGUAAAAUGCCCAAAAUGUAUCCAAGUCGAUCUGACAAGAGCAUUCUGCGACCAUUUUGUGGACACUUGUUAUGUUGUGGAGCCGAAUGGAUUGCUGCUGUUCCGCGAUUCCGUGCACGCAAGUUAUCUGGGAUGCCUUCACCUUGGUCGACAUCUCCGAGAAGAGCUGCAGCUGCGACGGGUGAUAUAAAUUGUUUACUGUCAAUUAUGUACUAUGUAUAAUUUGCAAAUAAAAAAACGGAAAACUGUCGUCAUUCCGCCUCUUUUUGGUAGGCCGGCGCAUGUCAAACUGAGAUAAGCUAAAACAGUCCGGUGAAUGGAUUGGUAAUUUGCCAAAAAAAGACGCGAAAAAACGUUUUGUCGGGGAAGAGAUGGGGGAUUUUUGAGGCGAGAGAGUACGCUUUUACGUGUCUUUUCUCUGUCUUUCUCUGCGAAAUGAAGACGAAGUGUAAAAAACCGAUAUUCCGGUCACCGGACUCCUCAGUUUGACGUGUGGCGACAAUCAAUACCGGCCCCAGCCAGACUAGCAAGGGAGGUAUGCCAAGUUCGAUCUUCUUAAGGUUUUUGAUUGCGGAGCUAACACUCUCUUCGUGAUGUAAAAGGCACGUAUUUCAAAGCAGGGUUUUUAGCUUAGAGGAGGGAGGUAUUUUGCGACAUUUUAGUUCCUUCCUGAAUGCAGAACGGUACUUUUUUUGCCACCGGAUCAGGUCCCUUGCUGUAGGGAAGAUUCACAUAUUUAUUCCCUUUCUGUUCUUCAUGUGCCCGGCAGAUGUAAUCGCCAAGCGUUCCAAAAUUUCUCUUUAUCAGCCACUGAGAAUUCAGAGCCGAAACAUGAGCUAACCUCAAACUUGGGUUAAUAAACCGAAGAUUUGGUCCUUCGUCCGGCUCUCAUUUACUGCGCGUCGACUCUUUCGAGCGGGGAACUGGCUCUUUUUGGAGUUAAUUCUCUUCUAUGGCGCUCUCGCAUUCUCAAGUCGGUGCGCUCGCGGACAAUCCGUGUGCCUCUUUUUCUCUGACUCUCCGCGAAAAGCGUUCUUUCUCGCUUGUGCGUACGGCCCCCACUUUAUUCGCGGUUGAAAUAAGGUGAAAAUUCUGUAAUAUAUAUACUAUAAUUAUUUAUCAUAAUAAUGGUGGAGUGAAUGUAGCGGUAGCAAUUCCAGCGUAAUCAAUCACCUCUUUCUCGAUUGCGUUAUAUCCCCCAAUCCAGGUCAGUCAGAGCGCUUCCAUCCGGUGUGCGCAACGGAUGUUCGAAGCUUUCACUUUUUCGAGAACAUUUUAGGAUCUCGUUCUUUACAUUUGAUAUGAAUUCAGCAUUUCUUAAACCUUAUACAAUUAUAAUUUCAGGCCGCCUCCGAUGAACCGAACGUCAUGUUCAUGCGCGUUGAAGAUGGUGAGUGGUUUGUACAUCUUUGCGGAUUUUAUACGGAAAAAAUGUGUGCUUUUAAAAGAGCUUUGUUCGAACUAACUUCAACUUUAAAAUAGAAGAAAAGAUCUGUAGUAAAAACUGGUAAUUUUCUGGAAAAAGUCAUCAUUUUUAUCCUCAAAAUCCACUUUUCAGGCAGUGCUGAUGCUAACCCUCCUUGCUCUUUACUCUAUGAUCGCUGGCUUUUCCUACUACGGCUCUCAAUUCCAAGAAUAUCAGUCGCAACUUCACGUGGACGGGCCUUUCCAAAACGAUGAGAAACAAGUUCAAGGACCUAAAAAAGUCCGACCACUGCUAAAUUUGAGGCCCAAAUACAAUGUCCAUGGGGGCCGAGUGCCUAAAGCCAAGCCAUUGGCUAAAGAGGAUGCCCAACGAGUCGACGAAACGACCGGCGCUGUCCGUCGUCAUCUCCCGUAUGGCAGUGGGAGACGUGUUGAAAUGGGGGCAUGCCCACCAAUUUACGGAAAAAUCUCCGUCUUCGUGGCCUAUCGAAAAGAGGAAUAUGAUACGAAAUACAAGAUUGCGCAAGCGUCCUUGCAAUGCUAUUUGAAAUCGACCAACUACACGCUUUAUUUGGUCGAUUUGUACAAUGAUCCGGAGGUGAAAAUGCACUGUAGACACAGAGAAAUCUUCUUUCUCAAGCAUUGCGCGGCCGCAAUUUACCUGCGAAAAAGCGACUGGAUGCUGGUUUUGGACGCCGACACGGCCGUUGUGAACCCGAAUCAUUGUAUUGAGGAGUACGUUGAUGACAGAGUGGACCUGGUCUUCUAUGAGCGGUUCUUCAAUUGGGAGAUUAUGAGUGGAAAUUAUUUGGUAGGUAGUUUACUUUGGGUGCUCAAAUAUGGCCACAGGGCCGGGUUCUUGGCAUUUCCGGGCCCCCCAGUCCAGACCUCUCAAAGGUCGGGCUUUUUUAAACUUUUUUCACAAACAACCCGUGUGGACAUACGGCCCAGACCUGAGGAUUUUCAAGCACAGUAUCUACAAAAUUUUUUUAAUAAUUUUGAAUUACAACUUUCACGCCAUUUUGAAAAUAUUUUGGCAUUGUGUUUUUGGCGUUUCCCGUUCACUUAUCUACAUAUGUAAAGUACAAUUCACAAUAAUUUCAGGUCAAAAACACCGCGUUUGCCCGGGAUUUCCUCAUGAAAUGGGCCAACUACGAAUUCACGCAGCCCGACAGUUGGAACGGUGCUGACAAUGGGGCUCUUCAAGUAAAUUAAAAAAAACUCCCUGAUCUUUCCUUAAUUUAGAUUCAUAUCCUGAACACAGUUUUGCCGGAGGCAAUCAGUGAACGGAACGCUUGCUAUAAAGUCUGGAAGAACGCGACGAGCUACGACAAUUACAUGGGCUAUGUAACGUGUGUGAAACUAAUGCUGGGCGCCCAAAGAUUGUAUCCGGGACAGCUGCGGAUACUACGAAGAGCCCAUGGAAUGGCCAGAGACGGGUUCCUGGUCUACGAUUCGUUUUGUGAAGCGGACUUUAUGUUCCACGCGUACAAACAGAAUGAAAUCGGGGAGGAGAAGUGGGAAAGUCCGUGGAAGGUGGGUCAUUUAUACGGUAGUAUAAAACUAUUUAUAUCUUUUCUGCAACGAUGAGAUUUUGCUGAAAUCAUCACCAGUAUAGACUGAGAAGGGUCCCGUGUCAAAGGAUCGCAGAAUUCCUCGGUCGAAGAUGUCCCUCAAAAAAGAAGUCCCACAAAUUAAGAGGCCCCAAAAAGAAGAGGCCCCUCGACCGAGGAGGCCCGCUGACCCAGUGGAUUGCUCUGCCGAAAAAGCCCCUCAAACGAAGAAGCCCCGCCCCCCAAAAAAAAGUCGAAGGGACCUUUUUUUCAUUUUCACAAAAAAUCCGAAGAGGCCCCGUUCUUGAAAAAAAAACAUUCAAAAUGAAGGGUGAUAUAUUAUACGAUCAAGAAAAUUCGAAAAGUAAAAAAAGCAGGGUGUGACAUCUUAUACGGUGACUUUUUUAAAAUGAAUGAAAAGGGUACGACAUGUUACACAAAAAAAAAAUUCACCGUAUAUGUCACCCUAUAUUUUGAUUCUUUUUUAUUUUUUCAAAAAAGGGGGCUUCUUCGGCAAAGGGGACUCUUCUCUUUCACGAUUUCUUCAUUUUGGGGGCCUCUUCAUUUUGGGGGCCUCUUCGGUUGGGGGUCCUAGCUCAGGGGGGGGCUCUUCGGAAAAGCGCAGCAAAAUAUUGCUCCAAUUUCAGAAACCAAUGGAUCUCGAAGAAUGUGGCACCGGCUACAAUGGCUGGUAUUGGCGGAAAACGAAGAAGAUCCCCUGCUCCGAGAUUCGCUAUCAUUUGGCGAAUUUUGAACAAAACUCAGCCCGUACUUUUCCGAAGGAAGGCCGAGUAUUUCCACAUCUCGAACUUCCCGAUGUUGGAGGGUGCUGGCCAAAUUGUGACAAUUACUAG